AUGGUGAUCGGGAAAUCGAACAACCCACGGUGUUUUAAAAAUUUUAAUGUGAACUUGUAUGUAAACUACACAUCCAACAAAAACGCCUGGAUGACAUCGGCCCUCUUUCACGAUUGGUUGGUGAAUUUCCACACAUCUAUGAAGCGUCAACGUAGAAAUGUGCUGUUGAUAAUGGAUAAUGCCCCAAGCCACAUUAUUCCCAAACUUUCUAAUGUGAAAAUCCACGUUUUACCCCCAACGACUACCAGCCAUCUACAGCCCCUGGACUCUGGUAUAAUCCAGAGUUUUAAAAAACAUUAUCGGAAACAACAAUUGACACACCUUGUCGACUGCAUAGACAGAAAGGAAGCACCAGUUUUACUAUUAAACACUGCCAUCAGAUUUGUAAAAAAUGCCUGGGAUUACGUGACCCCUCUAACAAUCAUUAAUUGUUGGUAUCACAGCGGUUUAGUCACGCGCAACGAUGAAGCAAGUGAACGUCAAUCACUUGAGGUCCCGGAUGUAGAACUUGGGAAUUUAUUAAACACUGUGCAAGAUGACCUGGGCUUAGAUCCAGAAUUACAUCUUACAGUAAGACAAUUUGUGGACAUGGACAAACAUUUACAACCAACAGAGGUCAUUCCUGAAAAUGAAAUCGUGAAAUCGGUAACUGAAACUAAUGACAGUGACUCAGACGACGAACGACAGGAAACACAAUUGACCCCGCCCCCAACAUUCACGGAAGCAAAGCGUGCUAUAGAAACUGUAAUCAAAUUUUUAGAAUACCAAACGAGUACUGUAUCAAGUGACAUAGACAAAUGUGUAUCUAUCCAAAACAAAAUAAAUAAUAUUCCACAGUGUUCUGCAAAACAGAAAACAAUGUACGACUUUUUGAACAUGUAA